GUUUUGUAACCCACGCAUUGGAGUGGGAGACAACGUGCGCACUUGCACGUGCACACGCGCACACACUGGUGUAGAGAGAGCGUGUGUGUCAUGCUAGCAGUGUGUGGGCUGAUACCGACCAGCCUUCCACUCAUCCUGCCUCUCCCUCUCUCUCUCUCCCCCAUCUCUCUCUGUCUUCUUUCCUCUCUUUUCGUCUCCAGAUACCUCUUCUUCUUCUCCCUCUUCUUUUUCCCAUCUUUCAUCCCCUCUUUCUGUCCAUCAGUCUUUUCUUUUCAGUUUGUCAUCAUGGAGAACGAGUCAGUGAUCUUCUGGGAUGGGCAGGGCAGAUCCCAGAAUACAGCCUGAAGCUCUGAGACCUCCAGCGCAGGACACAAUACUACAGUCAGCUGUUACCAACUUCUAGUGAAACAUCUACAGAAACUCCUCAACUCCUACAGAAGAUUCAGGAUUACAGUCCAUCAGAAGCGUCUCCGUCCAACCAGCCGAUAAAAAACACAUCAAGAACCUGGCACCAGAACCACCAGGACCCAAACUCCUGUCAGACUCGCAGAGACCCGUAAAAGUCAGUAAAGGCCUUUGGAAAAGUUUGAUGGGACAGCUGACGAUAGCCACAUGCCUCUGAGUCCGGCUGCUGACACCAAACAUGAUCGCCCGCGGCAACAGGCGGUUACUAACGGCAACCCGACAGGCUCUGCUGUUGCCAGGGACGACGACGCAGAUGACACACUCUCUGGAAACAGCAUCGUUGUCCGCAUUGGCAUCCCGGACCUGCAGCAGACGAAGUGUUUGCGGUUGGACCCAGAGUUACCAGUUUGGACCAGUAAGCAGAGGGUUCUGGUGACCUUGACUCAGUCUCUGUCGGAUGUUUUGAACUAUGGUCUCUUCCAGCCGGCGUUUAAUGGCCGAGCCGGAAAGUUUCUGGACGAGGAGCGGCUGCUGAAGGAGUAUCCCCUCCCUCCCAUUACACCCAUCCCCUACCUGGAGUUUCGCUAUAAGAGGAGAGUUUACACACAGAGCUACGUGGACGACAAGCAGCUGGCUAAGUUACACACCAAGGCAAACCUGAAGCGUUUCAUGGAACAUGUCCAUCAGAAGAAUGUGGAGAAGGUUUCCAAGUGGCUGGAAAAAGGCCUGGACCCCAACUUCCAUGACUCGGACAGUGGGGAGUGUCCCCUGACGCUGGCGGUGCAGCUGGAGGAAAGCUGCGACCUGAUUAAAGUUCUGCGCAGUGGUGGAGCUCACCUGGACUUCAGAACCAGGGACGGUAUCACCGCUCUGCACCGGGCCGUCCUCUGCAGAAACAGCGCCGCCCUCACCACUUUGCUGGACCUUGGAGCGUCUCCAGACUACAAGGACAGCAGAGGUCUCACUCCUCUCUAUCACUCUGCCAUGGUUGGUGGCGCCCCCUAUUGCUGCGAGCUGCUGCUACAGGACCACGCUACCAUUGGGAUGACUGAUGAGAAUGGGUGGCAGGAAAUCCACCAGGCAUGUCGCUAUGGCAACGUGCAGCACUUGGAGCACUUGCUGUUCUAUGGCGCUGACAUGAGUUCCCAGAAUGCAUCAGGAAACACCGCACUACACCUGUGUGCUCUGUACAACCAGGACAGUUGUGCCAGAGUACUGCUGUUCAGAGGAGCCAACAAGGACAUCAAGAACUACAACAACCAGACGGCCUUCCAGGUGGCGAUCAUUGCUGGGAACUUUGAUCUUGCAGAAAUCAUAAAGAUCCACAAAGCCUCUGACGUUGUUCCCUUCAGAGAAACUCCGUCCUACACAAAGCGCCGCCGAGUCGGCGUGACCCGGACGACGGCUGGAAAUGGUCUGUCGUCUCCUCGCUCCCUGAUUCGCUCAGCGAGUGACAACGCUCUGGAAAGUCCCGCCUCCUCUCCCGGACCCUCUCUCCAAAGCCUGGAAACGCACCACGACACGCACACGCACUCGCUCCGACGACAGACACGGCGCCUCAGCCCGAGUGGGGGAGGUCACGUGGAGACCAGCCCCCCUUCCUCUCCCCCACUGACCCCUCAGAUGAGGAAGAGGAGGCUGUACAGCGCCGUACCAGGACGCACCUUCAUCGCCACCCGCUCCCACGUCCCCCAGGGGCCCGGAGAGAUCCAGCUGCACCGAGGAGAACGGGUCAAAGUUCUGUCUAUAGGUGAAGGGGGGUUCUGGGAAGGAAGCGUCAAAGGGAGAACGGGCUGGUUUCCUGCCGACUGUGUGGAAGAAGUUCAGAUGAGACAGUACGACCCAAGACUGGAGACGAGGGAGGACAGAACCAAGAGGCUGUUCAGACAUUAUACUGUGGGAUCAUAUGACAACUACACCUCCUACAGUGACUACGUGAUCGAGGAGAAGACGGCCGUGCUGCAGAAGAGGGAGAGCGAGGGAUUCGGCUUCGUCCUCAGAGGAGCUAAAGCUGAGACGCCCAUCGAAGAGUUCGCCCCCACCCCAGCGUUUCCUGCCCUGCAGUACCUGGAGUCAGUCGACCAGGGGGGCGUGGCCUGGAGGGCGGGGCUUCGUACCGGAGACUUCCUGAUAGAGGUGAACGGUACCGACGUGGUGAAGGUGGGCCACCGGCAGGUCGUCUCUCUCAUCCGACAGGGAGGAAGUCGACUCCUGAUGAAGGUGGUCUCCGUUUCCAGGAAAUCUGAAUCCAACCUGCUGAGGAAGAAAGCAACGGCUCCGCCUCCUCCCAAACGGGCCCCCAGCACCUCACUGACGCUCCGAUCCAAGUCCAUGACCGCUGACCUGGAGGAGAUAGCCAGGAGGAGACGCUUCGAGAAACUGGACGAGAUGUUGGCUGGGGGUCAACAGGAAGUGGUUCUGAGGGGUCGUCCGUCCGACGACUUCAGAGCAGCAACAGUCAAACAACGACCCACGAGCCGACGAAUCACGCAGGCCGAGAUUAAUUCUCUGUUCGAGCGUCAGGGUCUGGUUCCCCCCUCGGCUCCAGAGAAGAGCACCAUGGCUUUACCCAGAGGGAUGUCCAGGACCAAGAGCUUCGGCACUCCCGAGGACGACAGGAUCUCAGCUCUCAUCAACGAGAGUCGGUUUCCGCGGAGCUCGUCGCUGACCGACAGCUUCAUCCCUCCUCCUCCUCAGACAGCGCCGCCUCCUCCUCCUUCAGGUUCCUCCACCUCCUCGCUCUUCCUCCUCGACUCUGGGCCUCCUCCCUCCUUCCUCCCGCCUCCUCCCCCGGCCAGAGGAGAGGGGCUGACCCGCUCCAGCUUCAAGCCCGGAGCAGAACCCCGGCUGCAGGAGCUGUCGGACUCUCCGUCGAGGAGCCACACGCACGCGGAGCGGCAGCGGAAGGCGAGGUCCAUGAUCAUCCUGCAGGACACGCCGCCGCCGCUGCAGCCGCCUGACGCGCACGCGGGCAUCACGCACACGCUUCACACGGCCACACACACCGCAACACACACCCUUCACACGGCCACGCACACCUCCACGCUGUCUCUCCACAGCACCAGCCCCGCCCUCGGCCACUCGCCGCUGUCGCGUCGCCGGGGGCGACCAAUAGAAAACCCCUACGCUAACGUAGGGCAGCAGGCUGCGCCCACUAAACCCCAGAGGAGGAAGUCGCCUUUGUUGAAGCAACUUCCUGUUGAGGAGCAGGGCCUUGGAAUCAAGGACCACGACCCGUCCAAGCUGGACCCAGGCAGCCCCAGCAGAGCCGAGCUGUACCAGCAGCAGGUCCUUUCAGAGCGUGCUCGAGUUCAGGGCCGUCGCUCCUCCCUCUUCCUGUCCGUGGAGGGAGCCGGCUCCGAAAACCAGGCGCCGCCCCUCCUGACCCAGAGCCAUUCCAUGGACGACCUGGGGGAGCUUCCGCCUCCUGCCCCGGUCCUCUCGCCUUCACCCACACCUCACACCUUCCUCCACCCGCUGACAGGAAAACCUCUAGACCCCUCCUCUCCACUCGCUUUGGCUCUUGCUGCACGUGAACGAGCACUCACCGCCCGUACACCAAGCCCCGAGCCUCGAAUCAAACACUCCUCAGCCUCUACCACGCCCAUCCCCACCCCGGCAGCCAGCCCAGAGGGUCGUCACAAGCGCACCCCUAUCGCCACCCCGCAGAGCAGCCCCGAGCCACGAUCGAAGCGCACCACCCCGCAGACCAGUCCGGAGCAGCGAACCAAACGCACCACUCCUCAGACCAGCCCUGAGAUGAGGCACAAACGCAUGACCCCGCCCCUCUACCCUGACGGACAGGUGGAACGUCCAGAGACAGAAGGAGGAGUAACAUCACCUGCUGCCCCCUCCCCUGAGCGCUGGAGGCCCUCCCCUUUGCCACAACUAGCCAACGAGAGUCACUCUGCCUUGAUUGACAGGCGUAGAAGCCUCACGGUGGGCAGCUCAGAAGAGGAGGGCGGAGCUUACACCGUGACCCUCCCACCAGCUUUACUGUCAUCCAGUGACGAAGAGACACGAGAGGAGCUUCGCAGAAUCGGGCUGGUGACUCCCCCGCCUGCGUUUGCCAGUUCUCCUGCUCCGCCUCCCCCGUCCUCCCUCAGUCUCAUGCCACGACGAGCUGGAGAGGGAGGGGGAGGAGAGACUGGUUCCGAAGCUCUGGGCAGACGGGGCGAUGAGGAGGAAGGCGAUGAGAGACUCCUUGAUAGCGCCUCCUCUCCCAGCUCUCUCCCUCCCUCCAUCACCUUGGCCUCCCCUCCUGCUCCAACCUCACCCUCUUCUCCACCAGCUACUCACCCGUCUCCCUCCUCAGCCUCCACAUCCCCAUCGGGUCUAAAGCCUCGUCUUCGCUCUCCAAUCGGACGAGGGCGCUCAGCACUUCGGGACCCGCUGCUGAAGCAGUCGUCCGACAGCGAGCUCCUCCCGUCGGCUGCAUCCUCCUCCCCCUCCUCUCCGCUCUGUUCCUCCCCCACCAGCGGUGGCCGACAGCCUCGCUACCUGUUCCAGAGGAGGUCCAAGCUGUGGGGCGGAGGGGAUGACCGCGUGGACGACCGGCGGGGCCUUAGCCCAGAGGAAGGAGGAGGCCGUCCUGCAGCACUGGGAGGUCAGAGUUCAGGCUCAGCUGUGGACCUCACCAGCCGCUCUGCAUCCGCUCUGGAGCUGAGUGGCAGGGCCGGAUCCGGACUGGACCUGGCCAAUCGGCUACAACUGCUCAACAAAGACAGUCACUCUCUGGGGGAGGAGCCGAGUCCCCUGGAUCCGGGCCGGAGGUCCCCGGUCGGCGGUGCCAGAUGUGCAGACAGUGGAGAGUGUAAAUCGUUGUUCUCCAGUCUGGGUGAACUUCACACCAUCUCCCAGCGAGGAUUCGGCACCAGCUACACAGUUCGACCAGGAAGCCGCUACCCUGUCACCCGCCGCAGUCCCUCCCCCUCCCCCUCCCCCUCUGACAGGUCUAUGGGCCUGACCUCCUCAUCUGCCCCCUGCUCCGAAAGGCCUGAUCUGAGCUCAGGUCGAGGUCUGACCAUCCUGAAGUCAUCUAGUCUUAGUCUCCCAUCAGAACCCAAGGAGGUUCGGUUCGUGAUGCGAAGUGCCAGCGCACGAACCCGGUCCCGCUCCCCCUCCCCCUCCCCUCACGCCUCCCCCUGCCCCUCUCCUGUGCUCAGCGGGCCCCUGUUAGCUCUUCGACCCUGGAGGCAGCGGCCCCUCAACUUGUGGAAUAAGUAUGACGUGGGCGACUGGCUGGAGAGCGUGGGCCUGGGUGAACACCGCCAGCGCUUCCAGGAGCACGAGAUCGAAGGCUCCCACCUUCCCGCCCUCACCAAGGACGACUACGUGGAGCUGGGCGUGACCAGACUGGGCCAUCGGAUCAACAUUGAGAGGGCCCUCAGACAACUGCUGGACAGCUCCACUUGACCCCACCCUUCAUCGCUGACCUCUGCACAGCCGGACCCAUGACCUCAUUACCAUCGACCAUCGCUCUGACUAGGGUUAGGGGUAGUCGCACCUGAGGCUGAAUGUUUAGACCACGAAACCCAGCUCUGUUUGAUCUGAACCACUGGUAGCACCGAGCUCUGUUUCCAGUUCUAAUCCAGUAAAGGAUGAGCAAUAAAAUCCCGCCAGGUCGUAACUAAUGAAUUCUAGAGCUGCUUACACCAAUACACCAUGAUUUGGUCUGGAUCCUAAAGCCACAGUGUCAGUUGCGUCAGCCCACCAAGCUAAUUAGCGCUGGACACAGAGUUCUGGUCUCCACAGGCGACAGUGAUCAAAGAGUAGAUCUGACCCACUACGAGAACACGGUGUCCGUUUGCUCAGUGAGCUGCUGAAGCUUCUGGUGACAACAGGGAUCAGCUGACAAUAACAUUCACAGAACGUUCUUGUGACUUAGCAUUUUUUCAAAUAUCACUCAUGCAGAAUUUGUGUUAACUUUGAGUUUGUAUCUCAUAUAGAAUUUAUGAAUAACAAGUAAUAAUAAUGUGCUGGUGAUGACUUGCAGAGUUUCUAAUAGUUUGGUUCCUUAUGAUUUGACAAUGAGUUGAAUUUCCUGGUAGUCGGCGAUGUGUGGAAUUCAUGAUGAUUUGUCAAUGAGUGUGACUUUGUGCUGAUGUGCUGUGUUUCAGGGAGAGCUGACGCAGAGCUCCAACUGUCAACCUCUGGUUUCUAACCUGCUUAUCGAGGGCUUACUGUGCAUGGUGCUACCUGUUUAAAGCCAUCUGUACAGAAAUUACCUUCCUCCUUCCCGCUCAAGCCCAGAACUCUUAGGUUUCCCCCUUUAACCACAAACGGGCCAUACUGGAGUUUCCGCCCUGCCAUAUUCGGGACCUCUUCCCUGCCAUAAAUGGAAAUUUCUCCAAGCAGUGGCCAUAUUAACCAACUCCUUUAAACUCUGAUCAGUCUCACUGACUUAACAAACGCUUCGACAUACAGGAUAUGAAUUAAUUACCUGAAUAAUAAUUAGUAUUUGGCCUUUGAGCCUGACCUGUUGACCCAAACACUUCCUGUCCCUGCUGGUUUAUUGGUCAUCUGUGGCUGCGAGUUCCACACCCUGUAGUUGUGCUGUGAGCAGCCUUCUGCCUCUGGAAUCCAGACCAUUGCGUCAGCACCACGGAGGGUCAGUGCAGUUCUGUAAAGACCCGUCUGACUGACCGUUAGGAGGCCUCUCCUCAUUAACCUGCAGGAGGUGGCAGCGCUACCAGCAUCUUUACAGUAGACACAACUACCUGAUGUGUUACAAUCUGCUCUGAAGCACAAUCAGUUUCCCAGUGCCUGUUUCUUACACGUAUGAAGGCGUGAAGCUCAGAGUGAGACCCGGUUCUGCCCAGGACCGGGCCAAGGGGCUGAAUGUUUAUGUACAGAUCAUCACACUAGAUCAUACUCUACGAUAACGAUGUAGCUAUAGUGUAAGAUAUAAAGUCAUAUUUUGUAGAUUGUAGUUGUGAUAUUCAGCCUUUGUAAACGGCUACAAAUCAACACUAACCUUGGCGCCGCUGCAGCGUGGCCCGUCCAGCCGCAGGGGGCGCUGGAACCAUCAGAACCCGAGUCUUGUGUCUUUGAAUGGGCUGCUGUCGCACUGGCUUUUGUUCAGGUGGCGCAGGUCCAAAUGCAUCAGAACCUGCCUCCUGAAGUGACGCGUCCCGGCUGUAGAGCAGGGUUUCAUUUAGAAUGAAACAUGUUCGAUUGCAUCCUGAUCAGAACCUACUUCUGAGUAUUACUAUUUAUUACCACAGACUAGUACUUUGUGUAGUACAUCUUCAGUCCAACUGAACCAACCGCUAACCUGAUGCUACGAUCUGAUCAGGGACCUUUGCUCUAACACAGUCUGAGUCCACUGACUCCUGCCACCGUUUACUGUAGUACAACCUCAGUGUCCUUGAGCCGGCGCUUUCCUCAGCUGCCUGUUCUCCGCGUUCACAGGAAACUGCUGUACUUUCACCACACGUAUGUCGCAGCUUCACUUACGUUUACGACACCAUGAACGAGUUUGGUUGAAUCAGCUGGUCAGCAGGCAGGCGAAGCAGGCGUCAGCACAUGAAGGUUCAGAUCCGCUCUAGAGUGACGUCACUUCAUUAGUACCUUGGACGCAGCGAAAUGUCGUACUGAACCACAAUACUUAGUAACCGAGUACCUUGAUUUGUGUAGUUUGUCUGUUUUAAUACUAAUUUACUAAGAAAUCUAUAUUGUGAUAUUAAUAAAGUAUUCUAGUACUUGUUCCAACAUAAAACUACUGCUACUACUGCUACUAGUACUACUACUACUACUACUACUACUACUACUACUACUGCUGUUACUACUACUACUACUCCUACUACUGUUCUGACUGCUGACCACAACUACUACAGACAACUUCUCUCUUUGACUAUUGACAAUCAAUGAAUACUACUCAAUACUACUAUUAUUACUACUACUACUACUACGACUGCUACUACUUUGACUACGACUCCCACAGUUUGGAGUUUUCUGUGUUUUGAGACUCAAUCCAAAAAGCUUUACACAAGAUCUCUUCCCUUGUCAUUUAGUUUAAAAUCCAAAUAAAUCACAGGAUGUUGGUUUGCUUCGAGGUGGAGGAGACUGACACGUCACCAUGGCAACACGUCAGCUUGCAGCUGAUUGGCUGAGAGUCCUGGCUUUGUGACCUGUGUGUGAAACCUAUCUCCCCUGAUUCUCACCUGGUUCCAAUGGUUUUAAUGGUUUCCCUCCUUUUAGCUUCCUCUUUUUACAGCGUGGUUGUAGUUUAUUCUGGAGUGAGUGGCGAAUGUGUACUUGUAGUUUUUUUUCUUCCCUUUUCUAAACACUGAAGAGCACACAAUGACAACUGAUGAGCUCUGCAACGCAACAGAUUGUAAUCUUUAUAAUAAACUGUCAUUUAUUACAGAUGA